UCCUUGAUUUCUCAAAUGUGACAGACACAAGACUUGCAUUCUUACAAUUUCGUCUGUGCUUCGUAUUGAACUCUGACAUAAUCACAAAAUUUGACUGUUCCAGACGUUUAAAUUUUAUAUACGUAUCUAAAAACUUCUGUUCAUUACAAAAUGAAUAAUUAUGUUUCUACAAAACGGCCAGGAAAUCUUCAAUCUGCAUUCAAUUCGGACUGCAAACACUUGCUGACCGAUAAGUUCACAAAAUUAAAGAAACAAAUAGUCUCCCAACUUGGUCGUGACACUUUGAAUUCUGCUUGGAAUCGUUUACUGAAGCAGUUUGAGAUUGAAGCUUCCAUAAUAAAAAAGUUGGGGUCAAAUUCCGUACCACAAAUAGGGUUUGACGAACUAUGCAAAAACGAGGGAAAGUUUAGCCCUGAUUUUGAAAAAGAAAUCAGAAAACGGGGAUGUCUCAUUAUAAAGAAUGUUUUGGGUGUGGACGAAGCACUAAAGUACAAGGAAGACGUUAAAAAGUAUAUUUCCAAUCAUGUCGGAGAAAUUGCUGGAUUUCCAGAUAAUAAUCCUCAAGUUUGGGAGCUGUAUUGGUCAAAGGCUCAAGUCGCUGCACGGUCGCAUCAGAAUUUUCUCCUUGCAACAAAAGCAGUGAAUAACCUGUGGCACGCCGAACCAACUGCAGCCAUUGACUUCUCCUACAAUGUUGCGUAUUGUGAUCGGCUCCGUAUUCGUCAAAAGGGCGACACAUCUUUCACCCUGAACGAGCACAUUGACGGGGGCUCUGUAGAAAGAUGGGAGGAUCCCGAAUAUAGAAAAUGUUUCGACAAAAUACUUUCUGGCGAGUGGGAAGAUCACGACCCAUUCGAUGCGAGCCAUCGAAUUAGUGCAAAUAUGGAUUUAUACAAUUGCAGUGGGGGUUGUUCCAUGUUUCGAACUUUUCAAGGAUUUCUUUCUCUUUCCACUGUUAAACCUGGAGAAGGGACCCUUCGUGUUUGCCCCCUUAUAAAAUUAUCAACUGCAUACUUUAUCAUGCGACCACUUCUUGAUGACCUUAUUGAUUCAAAGGAAAUGGCAGGGGCCAUCCCUGGGGCACAACAACACAUAUUACCUUCACUGCAUCCACACAUUGUCAACAAUGUUGUAUCCAUACCGGAAGUGGGACCUGGCGAUUGCGUGUUUUGGCAUUGUGAUAUGGUCCACGCCGUAGAAGGGGUUUGCAAUAGUCCCGACGACAGUAGCGCUCUGUACAUCCCGGCAACCCCACUUUGUCCGAAGAAUGUCGACUACGUAGUCAGACAGCGACAUGCUUUCAUUGCUGGAGAGACCCCACAUGACUUUCCAUUAAACAAUUGCGAAGUAACUUUCCCAGAUCGAGCAACCCCUGAAGAUUUGACAGAAUUAGGAAAACUUGUAAUGGGAUGGAGUAAAUAUGACGAACUUGUGGAGGAUGAAGGUCAGAUUGGUGUCACGCUGGCAAGAAAAUAUGCUAACGAAAUAUUAGGACUUUAGGAAAGUACAUACCUUAAUAUUCCUUUAAUCUGUUGGAUUGUUUGCUAGGUUGUCAGUUAAUAAAUAUGAUGACCGUGAUAUAAAAUUUUAAACUGAA